GAAGAAAAUUUCUCUUGCAAGCUGGGAGAAGAAAAAAUUACAGGUUUACACACGACAUGUCCAAGUAUUCGAACCCCGAGUACUGGGAAGAGAGGUAUCGCAGCAGUGAUACCACCUUCGACUGGUUCCUCACGUAUGAUAAUCUGAAACCUAUUAUUCAGCCCCUCUUACAGCCCGCCGAUCAAAUUCGAGUGCUUGUUGUUGGUUGCGGAAAUAGUCGUCUUUCUGGGUGCUUAUACGAGAAUAUUGGUAUAAAACACAUUACGAAUGUGGAUGUUUCGCCGACUGUCAUUGCCCAAAUGCAGCGGAGGUACGCUGAGCUGGAGGAGAUGCAGUGGAUGUGUUUAGAUCUGCUUACCACACCAAUAGAUAAGCUACUUCAAGAUUUGUGUCCAAAUAAGGAAUUGUUUGAUUUCAUUAUCGAUAAAGGAUUAGUCGACAGUAUUCUUGGUGGGGCUAACUCCUUUCAUAACGUCCACAUCUUCAACAAAAAUAUGUCCAAGUUGCUAAAGAAGGGCGGCUCAUACAUAGUAGUCUCUUACGGAUCUCCAGAGACCCGCAUCGAUCACUUUCGUCGCAAAAAAUUGUUCUUUGAGGUAGAGCACAAAUCAAUUGAAAAACCUAUGUUUCAUUCCUCAGAUACGAGUCCUACUGGGCACUACCACGUCUACAUUAUGGUGAAGAAGGAAGAAAAGUUGCAACAACGGUCUUUAGAUGGCGGGCUUCAGGAUGAUGAUACUGACGAAGAUGAUUUUUAUGAUCGCUUUAUGGUACGGAAGUAGACUGAAAAGCUAAACUCAGUAUUAGAAAAAAAUGUAAAGUGAAAAACCAUUAGCUAACUUGAAGGUUUCCCCUUUCCUCAUCAUAUCGAUAAAUUGACUCCUUGAGCAUGUAUAUGGCGUGUGGAAUGCGUAAAAAAAA